AGAGCAACGAGCAGAGCAACGAGUGAGCCAAGAGAAGAGGAGAAGAGAAGAGGAGAAGAGAAGAGGAGCUGAAGGCAGGAGCAGGACGACGGCGGUUUCAACCUUUAGCUGCGCAGGAACGAUCCUUCGAAGUGUUCCUGGACAUUCAUUCCCUGAAUUUCUGGGGUAUCUUUCCUGAGGAACAUCCAUCGUUUGAUACAGAACAUCUUUAUCAGCAUUGUGCAACAUGAACGAUACGGCAAACAAAGUCAUCAAGUUUGCUGAUGCUCAAUGCCUCCCCAUCGGCCUUGUGUCUGCAAUCAUCUUCGGCAUUGCAGUUCCGAUUGUUGGAUAUAAAGUUGGGUCGGGGAACUAUGCGGGAGUUCUUUGCGUCGUCAUUAUCUUCUUCUUCGCUGGCCUUAAGCUUAAGACGGACGAAUGCAAGACUGCGCUCAAGUCCUACAAGGUCACGACGGUGGGGUUGCUCUCCAUUCUCGUCUUCACCUGCAUGCUCGGCUCUGCGCUCACCCGAGCCGUUCCUCUCGAUCCUGUAGAUUUCAAACUCGGGAUGAUCAUAUUCUUUUGUAUGCCAUGCACAAUCAACAGCGGUUCUGUGCUAGCAAAACAGGCCGGUGGAAACUUUGCUUCAGCUCUUCUCCUGACUGUGAUGGGGAACAUGUUGGGAAUUUUUACUUGCCCUCUCCUGUUGUGGUUGUUCGCUGAUCUGCAGAAUGUCAAGAGGACAGUUGCAACGUACAACAAGCACAUCACCUACGCUUCCAACGCUCUCCUUGUAAUGAUUCCAUGGAUGAAGAUAUCAAAAUCCGUCAUUGAUGGAGACUUCCAGAAGGCAAGCGUCUUCGACAUGCUCGUAGUGCUGCUGUGGACAUCGUUUAUUCACAUCUUAUUCUUGCUCGAAAACCCUUCCAAUGGCAUUGACGGUCCUCACUUUCCUCCCUCCCGAUGCAGGCAGCCAACCCCUCUCCCCUCCCAACCUCUGCAUGAUCCUUCACUGACUGCAAGGCCGACAGGUCAGGAUGGGCUCGUGGCGAUCCCUUGCAUCAUCGGGCACAUGGGACAAGUAGGGCGAUGCACUGACGUCAUUAUCACUGACAUCUCGGCGCCUUAUCAGAUCGUCAUUGACGGCUUCGUCUCAUCUGCCUGGGCAGCGCACACCAAGGAUUCCCAGGCGAGCAAGACGAAUCAGAUUUCUUUACCUUCUUCUCCUCCUCAUGAGCCCGCGGUCAAGGAAGAGGCAGACACAGCGCCCAUGGUCAAGAAUGCGGAGCUGGCGGAAAGCAAAGCAUGA